AUGGCGAGGGCCGCUCUCCCCGCGAGGCGGCACUCUCUUUAUGAGGACCCCUUCUUCAACACUCAGGGACCUGCAUCCAUGGGCUCCGUAUCACCUCCAUCCCCUCCUCAGGCCCCGUCACAUCUUUUUUCAGUAAUAGCCCUCCCUCGACCAACCUCGCUUCUCCUCGCACUUCUUCUACUGCCCUCGCUAUCAACCGUCGCCACUGCUGCUGUCACGCCCACAUGGCGUGCCUUUCAUGGAGCAGCCAUUGUUGAUACAUCCAUGGUCAUCUUUGGUGGCACGACAGAUCCAGGGACCAACCCAUAUGGAGCAGGUGUUCCUGGAUCCAAUGAUCUUUGGGUCUGGAGCACCACCCUGCGACAAUGGUCUCAACCCAGUAUCACCGACUCGACCUCCACAGGACCAAACCCUCAAAAAUUCCUGACCUCUAUCCCACUCCAGUCUCAAGGCAGGAUGCUCUCCUUUGUUAGCAACUCCUCGACAGCAUCGACUCAGGGCAACUUACUGGUCCUGGAUACAAACUUUUGGACAUGGUCCAUUCCUAAUUCACCUAAUUCAGCCUCGGCACCAGCUUCACGACUGGGCGCAGCGGUCGGCGUAUCCAACCAAACAGUCUUCAUACACGGCGGAGCAGCCGUUAAUGACUACAAUGGAUAUGCGACUUCGAAUGUCCUGAACGAUUUGUCAAAGCUGGAUGAUAGUACGUUCGUGUGGACAUCGAUAGCAAACGGACCCGCGUUGAUGUACCAUACGAUGUGCAAGCUGCCCGGGAUCAACAAGAUGAUCAUCUUUGGCGGAAGCGACACCACCACCAACACGUUCAACACUGUGCACACGUUCGAUCUCAGUCGGGAGGUGUGGGAGCUGGCCGUUACUGUUAAUCCUGGUAGUGAUGGCGGUGUACCUUCGGCCAGAAAGGGACACACGGCUGCCUGUCUUAACGACACGAUGGUUGUUUUCGGGGGAGGAGUGGAUGGACCGCAGGACGAUGAUGUAUGGGUCAUGAAUGCCUCUGUAUCCCCGUGGGUCUGGAACAGGAUGCAGACUAACAAGCAGGCUGGACCAGGAUCAAGAACAGGACAUUCGGCACUGCUGAAUGGAACCAACAUGCUCGUCUGGGGAGGAUAUGGUGCACCACUCGCCAAUGAUACCAACAUCUAUAUCCUCGACACGCUCGCAUGGCAAUGGAGUUCUUCUAGGGAUGUGGUGAAAAGUGCACCUGUCUCCCCACAACCCUCGACCAAUGCACCCGGCAAUAGUAAAAUACCACUGACGAUUGGAGUCGUCUGCGGGAGUCUUGCGUCGAUUGCAGCCUUCGUUGGAUUUCUAGUCUUCAAGAGACGGGCUUCCAGGAGGUCGGCAACUCAGCCAAAGCAUGUAUCGGACAAUGCCAGCUAUUUGUCAGAUGCGGAACGGCAUCUGUCAGGAGACAUAGGCUUGGAUGAUAAGCCCAGUUAUUACCAUCUCCAUGCAGGACGCGAUUCAGGAUCGUCUCUCGGCGGUUGGCCUGCUAUCGCAUCCCGGAGAAACAUCCCGCAGACGCCUCAGGGAUAUCCUAUGCGAUCGAUGUCAACACCCCAGCCCGGUAGCGAGACCGAUUCUCCAGCAGGUGAGGACGUUGGGCUUGCAGGAUCCGGCAAGUCUAUGGACCAAGCACGUGCACAGCAUGCGCAGCCCGCUUUGCGAGUAUCUCAGAAUGAUCCAGGCCAGGUAUCGCAAGGGACUGGAACCAGAAGUGGCUCUAUUGCCUCGGAUUCGUUUUACCCUGCCCAUCUCGCAGAGAACGACGAAGAGGAUGCGGACCGAUGGACAUUUGCAUCGUCGCUGUCGUUUGAUCAGAGAGAGAAGGCUGGACAUGUUCCGACGCUGAGGUAUAUUCCUAUCAGGCCUUCAGGGAUUUCUGGCGUACAACGGUCGAUGGCGCAGUCGACAGGGAGCUUGACGCCUAGCUACUCGGUCUCGAAGGGUCCACGGAGGGAUGGAAGUGCACAAUCAAUUCUUUCGAAGAAGAGUCCUUCCAUUGGUCCAGCUUCCACGACGCUCGGUCCGACAGCUACCAAUGCCCCAUCGUUGAGUCGGGAUGGAUCUAUUAGCACUCGGGAUGCGGCGCUAUUCAACUCUGUGAGUCCCUUGGAUAGGGUUAGUCUGAUGUGUUCUGGCCUAGAAGCGGAUUCGCAGAUUUCAGGACAUGAUGAAGCUGUAUCGACGGCGCAUCUUCAUCCAAGGACGAACUUUCCACAGUGGCGGGAUAAUUACCGACGCGAGAGUUUCAUAAAGUCAACGGUCGAUGAAGAAGAGGAAGAGAGCCAUAUCACAAUCCAUCGGACGGGAUCUUCAUCGACAGGUCAUUCAUCAACGACGUACACGACACUGGACCACCCGGCGAUGGUGACACUGAUUCAGAAUCUGCCGGCGCGAUAUCUAGUCUCAAAGUCACCGAGUCCUAUUCACGGUGCUGUGAAUGAUAUCCUAUUCGCGGUGGACUCGGAUACGCAGCAACCGAUUGUGAUAAAGUCGUUCGCAAGAAGGGAAGCCUGGGAGCGAGAAUGUAGGAUGCUGAGACGGUUGCGUGGACCUUGUGUGGUGGAGCUCAAGCAUGUGGCGACGUUGGUCCUGUCCGAGACAGAUGAUCCAAACAAACCCGCCAAGGUCCGGUUGACGAUCCUGGAGAGGUUGGAUGAGACGCUAGCACAGAUGCUGAAGAACGCGAGAAAGGCUAAGAAGCUGGCGUUGCGAGAACAAGCAAGGUCGAGAGGAGAGAUUGGGCCGGUGGAUCUUUCUGGGGUGGCGCUGUACAGAUCAGGUCCGGCGUUGGGUGAGAACCAUAUCAAAGAUAUUGUGAAGGGUGUGCUGAGGUGUUUGAGGUGGUGUCAUUCGAAGAAGGUAGUAUAUUGUGGUUUGAAGCCAACGAAUAUUAUGAGGAAUAGGGAUGAUCCGCGGCAGCAGUGGAAGCUGAUUGAUAUGGAGUCGUCGAGGGUUGCGGAGGAGGAGCAGACGGGUGUGGGAACGAUGAGGUAUUGUCCACCGGAAGUGGCACGGGCGGCACUUCGAUCGGCGACAGCGGAGAAGGGGACAGGCUCUUUUUCUUCUUUAAGGACAGGGGUAACGGCGCAGUAUAGUAUGGACCUUUGGGCAUUCGGAUGCCUGCUCUAUGAACUAUUUGCGACGAGGCCGUUGAUAUCGAUAUCUGUGAAAGACGAAGAGCUGCUCAACUUUUUGGCAAAUCCCUCGGUCGACACGCCUGCGCUGCCUAACGGGUUAAGAUGGAGGAGUUCACAGGAACUAGAGAUUCCGUAUUUGGACCAGGCUGUCCGCGAUAAGAGCGCCAAGGAUUUGAUCUGCAUGCUUUUGAACCCUGAUCCUGCCUCUCGGGCCACCAUGGAUCAAGUUUUGAACUCGGAAUAUUUGAACGCGAGCUCACAAGAAUAUACUUCAACAUCAUAA